CUCGGAUCUCCAGAGAAACGCCGCACCAGUGUAGUCGAUUCGCGAGGGGACCCAACAAGCAUCAAUUCGAAAAAGCAGAGAAACACAUCACAUCAGCAACAUGGUUUACGAAUCAGAUUUCUACACCACCCGUCGCCCCUACUCAAGACCCACCCCAUCCAUCACUUCAUACACUGUCACGACGCCACGUCACUACGUGGUGACCGACAGGCCGGAGCGGCCACGUCGCGCCGAGGAGCAGUACUCCUACUCCUACACGUCCACCUCGGAGUCCAAGUCCGGAGGCUCCGCCCCGCCUACCCGUAGCUACAGCUCCAGCACGGAGCGGGUGCAACGCUCCACUGGCUCCGGACCGGGAUCCACCUAUCACUCCACCUCGGAGCGCACUUCUCGCUCCUCUGACUAUCCCGGAUCCUACAAUCACUCCUACUCCUCCACCACAUCGGGACGAUUGCCUGGCGGUACCUCCUACCGUCACUUUUCCCUUUUUCCCAAUGCCCUCAUGUAUGUAGCUUGACCGUUCAUUCAAGUGAUGAUUUGUCCCCUCCCCUAAACUUUUUACUCUUCCAAAUAUCAUUAUUUAUUUGGCUUGUCCAUACAAAACAAGUGAUGUUUUGUCCCAUCCCCUAAACUUUUUACCUCCCCCCAACCCAUACAAAGCAAGUGAUGUUUUGUCCCCCUCCCCUAAAAUGUUCACCCACCCCUACCCCUAAAGUUACCUAGACAAUGAUAUUAAAAUUAAAGCUUCACCUAACUAAAUAUUUAUUAUGCCUGUUUUAUAUUUAAUUAUCACUAUAUGUUAUUUAUUGGUUUUAUAAAUAAUUGAAAAAUAUAUAGCUUGGUAUUCAUAAUAAAAUUUCAUCCUCGAGUUAGUUAUUGGGUUUGAAAUAAAACCACAGAUAGUUAUUGGGUUUUAAAUGGAAAUCACAAAAUAGAAUUUUUGUUUUUAUAUUGAAUUAUGAAGAUAAUAAUUUAUCUAUCAAGCUAUUUAUUGCUUUACAAAUAAUAAUUUGAAAAUAUAACAAAAAUUUUGCUUUUAAAUUGAAUAUUAUUACUAUUUAUAUCUUGAGUUAUUCAUUGAGAAUCAGCUUGCUAUAGCUGAACGAUCUUGUUGGCUAUUUUUGCUGCAAUAUUAUUGAAAAAAUAUUUGAAAAAUAGUCAUUAGUGUUGAAACAUUUUUAUUCAUAGAUAAUUGAACAAAGAAAAUAUUGAGAAAAGAAUAUUGAAUAUUCAUAAUCAAUAAUCUAUUGCAAAUGCUAUUUCCUCUAUCAAAGCAUAACUCCACUCAUAAUUAUCAUUGAUUGAAAAAGAAUUUGAAUUAAUGUGUAAAAAAUUUAAAGUAGGCCCACUGCAGAAUUACAAAAGAGUUUCCUUCAAGAGACAAGUAUAAUGUAGAGGUUACUAGAGAGUUCAAAACUCUGAUAGGCCUACAACAACAUCAACUUAAUGUAGGCUACUUGAUAAUAAUAACUUAAUUUUUGAUAGUGUAUCAGAUUAUCCUAAAGUGUGUUCCUCUUCCUCCAACCAAAAUCAAAACUGAGACUCAUUGGAAAAACUCUCCACCUUACUACCCUCAUAUAUCUCCUAUCACAACAACAAUCCAUGAAAGCAAGGGUUGAAUAAUUUUAUGAUUUGUCGUGUACCAUUAUUGUCCAUAAUGAAUUUCACUUUACAAAAUCAACUAUUCUUUUAUUCUUGUACCACUUUAUUGAAAAGGUCCAAUAAGACAGUGACCCACAAUGUUUGUUUGAAAAUUAUUUAAUUCAUAUUUGAUUUAAUCUUUUAAACCAAAUGAUGAGUUGAUUGGAAAGUGGAUAAAUCUAAUUGGAAUUAGAUGCACAUUACAUCAUUCAUCAACAUGACUGAUCUCAAACCAACAUACUAGAGAUGGUUUUGCUGUGAAGUGUUGCUAAUGCUGUCCUUGUCUGUUCCUCUCUGUCUGUCCUUUGCCCGUUGUCCCGUCCGUGUCCGGUCCGGAUGUCCGCUCGGUGACUGACCACAGAAGAAGAGAAUGGAUCUCAAACAUCUCACUCCAGCUGUUGGAAGGGCGCACACCUACCAGCCAGGCAUCCCUCACAUCGCGCACAAACGUCUCAACUACCUGUCGGCGUCCACCCCGCCACCGCGCACCAAACGCGCACAACUCUACGCCGAACUGGACCGCAUCAACCACCGGGUACGGCCCCAUCUAGCUUACGUCCCCUCCGAGGACUUCCUCAACUCCCGAUCGAUUGUGAAUUUCAGCGAUGAGACGAGAUCAAUCAGAGCGCAGACAGCUGCUCUGCUGAAGAGAGUGCACACCCCCCUGCCCCGUGCCGUCCGGCCCCUUCCCAUCAGCGGCACAUUCGACAGCCGGUUCGCUGAUCUGGAUGUGGUCGAUGACGUCGAUGACGAUGAUGACGACAUCAUCAGACACAGCGCCAAAGCUGACGAUUACGUCAGACAAAUGCUGGAACCGCCGCGUAGUGUCGCCAACGACAUCUAUGUGCGAAGUCUCUAUGUCGGCAAAGGACAUCUAGCGUGCAUGAGCUACGCCGGCGGGCGUGGGUUCCCACGGCGAAAGUACCUUAUUUCUCCGGAAGAGCGCGAGGAGCAGCGCCACAUCAAGGACGAGAUACUCUACAGGUCAUACUACGACAAAUUCCGGACUAUUACCGACGACUCUUCCACGCCUGAGGAAAAAGGCUGGCGGCACCUCGCGUCAAGGAGACCAAUCAAACGCUACGACCAGACAUGGUCUCUACCAACACGGAUUGGUAUCCCCAGGACUCUGACUCACACAAGGGACAUCUUCGAUCCGAAACCAGUGAACGGAAUACAGGAGGAAGCAGUCGAAGAGAGCCCAAAAGAAAUGGUAGCCAAAUUAAAAAAGAAACGACAACGAGAAGAAGAGGAAAGAGAAAGACGAGAAGAAUUAGCACGUCAAGAGGAACUGGCGCGAAAACUGGAAGAGGCGAAACUAAGAGCGGAAAAGCUAGCCGAAGAGGAACGACAAGCGGAGGAUGAUCGAAAGAAGAAAGCAGAAGAAGACAGAAAAGCGUUGUUGGCAAGAGAAGCUGAGAAGGAUCAGGAGGAGGAGGAAACGGAGGAGGAUAAGAGAGAGAUGGAGAGGAUGUUGGAGAUGGAGAGACAGGUGGAAGCUAGGAUGAAGGCGGAGUUGGAGAGACAAGCGGAGGAGGAGGCAGAAGAGAAGAGGAGAGCUGAAGAGAAGGCGAAACAAGCGGAAGAAGCUAAGAAAGCAGCGGAAGAGGAGAGAGCGAGGCAAGCUGAAGAAGCAAGAAUCGCUGAGGAGGUUCGGUUAGCAGAAGAAGCCAAGAAAGCAGAAGAAGCUAAAAAAGCAGAAGAAGCCAGAAUAGCUGAGGAGAAAAGAAUAGAAGAGGAGGCGGCUAGGAAAGCAGAGGAGGAAAAAUUAGCAGAAGAAGCUAGGAUAGCAGAAGAAGCUAGAAUAGCAGAAGAAUUGAAGAAAGCAGAGGAAGAAAAGCUAGCUGAAGAGGCGAAAAAGGCUGAAGAGGCACGGUUAGCCGAAGAAGCGAAGAAAGCAGAACUGGUGAGACUAGCAGAAGAAGCAAAGAAAGCAGAAGAAGAGAAACUAGCAGCUCAAGAAGCAAAACUGUUGCCCGAUGUUGAUGAGAAGGUGAUCGAUAUAAUUUCAGCAGAAGGAGAGAAUGCAGUGGAGGAGGAAGAACCGGAACAAGAGGAGAAGAUUUCUGAGGAGGAUAGGCUAGCUGAGGAGGCGAGGAAAGCAGAGGAAGAACGACUAGCAGAGGAAACGAGAAUCGCAGAGGAGGCAAGAUUAGCUGAGGAAGCUAGAAUUGCAGAGGAGCGGAGGAUAGUGGAAGAAGCGAAACGGGCCGAAGAGGAGAGAAUCCGUAAAGAGAAGAUGUUGAAGGAAUUGGAGGAGUUGGCCAGACAACAAGCAGAGGAGGAGCUGGCUAGGUUGGAGGCGGAGGCGUUGGCUCUGGCUGAGGAUUACGUUUCUCCUCUCACUGACAGCACAGUGGAUGGAAGCUACCAUCACAACGGUGGAGAGGAAGGAAUUGAUGAGGAUGGAGGUAAGGAACCAUCCGUUGAACAACCUGACACAGAGGAUGACGACGAAACAACUACAGCGAUCGCCGAAGAUGUCCAGGGUGCUAACGCUACAUCCGAAGAGGAAGAGGAGGAGGAAGAAGAGGAGGAGGAGGAGGAGGAAGAAGAGGAAUAGAGGAAGAUGUACAGUAUCGAAACAAAAUUGGAUAACUAAUCAUAUGAGUCUUUGACUCUGAAGGUCAUCGAAUCCCUCACUGAGAGAAUCGGGAGUUCAUGAAUGUAUGAACAAAAACAAAAAAAAUAUUGUGAUUGUAAAAAUUCUGAUUGUAAUUUUGAAACAGUGGUGUCAACUUGAAUAUAUAAAGAUGUAGCCUAUAAUAAUACUAUAUCGUAGGCGUUCCUAGAUAACACAGAGCAAUGUAAAUGUGAAUAAUAUAACUUAACAAAGGUCGACAAUACAGUAGGCCUUCAUUUCAUUGUAACUCAUCAAAAUAUGAUGAAGAAAUGUGUAGUUCACCCAACCAUUUAAGAAAUUCUUGAUGUAAACUUCAAUGAGGUCCAAAGAGCAUGAAGAUAUUAUUUUAUUUAUUUAUCGAAUAAAUUAAUAACAUAUCGACUAGAAAAGGAAGACAUUGUCUCAGAUAUCCUUAUCAACAAUGAACUAUAUUCUUAUUAAAUGUUUUUUUCUCGUAAAAUGUAACCAAGAAUAAAUCUAGAGAUACCAUAGGUGGUAAAA